ACUCAACGGCAGAUAGAACGAGUACUUUAAGGCCAAGUUCCACAAUAUCCGUUUAAUUUUAUCUACCGGUUAAGUCCCAAUAGUAAUUGGUUAAUUCUAAUUAAUUCUUCUUAAUGUCAAAUGCGAUUGGUCAAGUCCAAUGGAAUAACCAGCUAGUUAACUGGAGAUUGUAGAACUGAGCCUAAGUAGUAAGUCUAGACGAGAUAGAUGAGUUAGACAAUUUAUUAUUUGUCAAAUAUAUAUUGUAUAUUACCAAUACAAAUAUACAUUACAGCUCGUCCAACUAUUGGUUAUGUAAUCUUCUUGUUCUUAAUUACUGCUUAAUUAUUAACCAAAUGAUAGAUUAGGAGAAUUCCUAUUUACUCAAUUACGCGAUUUACUAACCGUCGAAUUAAACCUUUUAUUUUUCACCGUGCUUAUAGUGCAUAACCUAUCAUUUUAUGCUAAUAAUGUACAAAACUUAAGUUUCCAUCAUCAUAACUAGUCCGAUCAAAUUUUUCAUUGUUUCAAUUGUUCGAGUCUGUUCGAACUAGUCGAUGACAUCACGCGGUUACUUCACAGUGGUGUGUGCGUGAUAUCGCUCACCAUCACACACAUAGAUGACACGUGAGUGUCGGAGCAAUUGAGUGAGAUCAUUCGCUAAUUGUCAUUCCUUCAUAAUUAAGAUAUUGUAUUUCUAAAGAAAAUUCUUAAAAAAAGAAAAAAGGAAAAAGACGUAAUCAGCGAUCACUUUCCAUGAUCACUACGGUCACGGGGAAAGUUACUCUAAUUUGGAUAUAACGACGCAAGGUAUCGUCAACUUUUUCCUAAAAGCCUUUGUGGAGAGAGGAAAUAAAAAUAUAAGGAAUAAGGAAGAUAGAUAUUAGAUAUUUGUUACUACGCCCCUAAAAAAAGACGUCCGGGAAAGAAGAUCCGUUUGGUCAAACAAGUGACAAAAAGGUUAUAUUGAACAAUUGUCACACAGAGGAGAAACGACAUACAGUGAAACAAAGAAAACUAAUAGAUAAACAUAGCCUACGCAAAAGAUGUUCUCCAGUGGGCCCAAUUACACAAAACUCAAGACGCACUUGCGUCUGGCAAUUAAUCGGUUGAAACUAUUAGAAAAGAAGAAAACUGAACUGGCACAGAAAGCUCGACGUGAGAUCGCAGACUUCAUUGCUGCUGGCAAGUCAGAACGAGCUAAGAUCCGAGUUGAGCACAUUAUCCGUGAGGACUACAUGGUGGAAGCUAUGGAACUAUUGGAGAUGUACUGUGACUUGCUGUUGGCACGCUUUGGCCUCAUCCAACAGAUGAAAAACCUUGAUGAUGGCCUAGCAGAAGCUAUAUCCACUAUCCUGUGGGUAGCACCUCGUAUUCAGACAGAUGUACAAGAGAUCAAAGUGAUAGCAGACAUUCUGACAUCAAAGUAUGGCAGACAGUAUACAGAGGCUUGUCGGGAAGAGGCAAUACAGACCAUAUCUGAGAAGUUGAAACACAAGAUGAGUGUACAAUCACCAUCAAAAUUGCUUGUGGAGAAGUAUUUGAUAGAGAUCGCCAAGAAUUAUAAUGUUGAGUAUGAACCAGAUCCGCAAGUGAUGGCAGAAGCCCAAGAUGCAAUGUUGAUAGACAUAGGAGCCAAUGGAGGAGAAUCAAGGAAUAAUCUGGAUAUGGCCAGUGGAGGUGGAGUUCCUCAUCCACCUGGUUUUAUUGGCUUUCCACAGGCACCUCUGUUACCUGAUGCUGGAUUCAUGAGUGCGGGUUCAGAGAAAGAUGGCUUACCCAUGGGAUUCGUAUCUCCACCUUCUACAGAGAAGGAUCAAAAUACUUCUUUUAAUCCCACUGCAUUCUCGUACAACAUACCCCUGGACAAUGCCAAUUCGAAUAAACCUGAAGAUCUACCGCCACCCUACAGACCUGAUUUCCCACCUGACUUGAACAAACAAUCGGAUGAGAAACCGAAACCUCAGCCGAGGUCCAAAAUACCAAUGAAUAACUUCCAGCUUCCGGAUCUACCGGCGGUACCGACGGAAAAUGAGACUCCUACAAAUCCGCCUGAGAAUGACGACAUCGAUUUCGAUGAUUUAAUGAAGCGAUUCGAGGAUCUGAAGAAGAGGAAGUAACGUCCGGUGACGUGCGAGAACAACAUCCGAAACACGUUAUUUACAGCUUUACUUUACUGUCACAAGACGAUAUUGUAUUUAGUACUGCCUUCGGCAAAUAGGGAAAGUUUACAAUUUAAGACAACGUGAUAUAUGCUUGCGCUGCUUGCACUUUCGGCAAUAACACUUCUCGAGAAUCGAUGAAAAAUGCUUUUUUGCAAAACUCACUUACUACGAAAUAUAAAUUUUCAAUGACACAGUUUUAUUAAUUAUUUUUGUAAGUAUGCAUUGUUUUGAGAAAUACGAAAAGUAGUCAGCGCAAUUGUUUGAAAAAAAAAGAAAUAUAAAUAUAUAAUAUGAUUUUCAAAGUUUCCUGAUGUUUGUGUAUAAAUAAUUGAAAAACGAAAACAAAUGGUAUAAUUAUGUUCUAUUUGUGCGAAAAUGUUAUAAAUUGUUAUAAUAUUAAUAUA